UCUUGCCGCCAUCUUCUGAAAUCUACGAGGAGAUGAGAAGUGUUUACACUUUUAUCUCCAAUAAAAAUGUAGAUUUCAGUAUGAAAAUUUGUGUACAAAGUUGUCAGUAAAGGCCGCUUUGAAGGGAGUUAUGGAGCGCCCUGUGUAUUUUUUGCAGUCAGAGGUAGCACGGCUCGUCUUGGGGUACCUGAAGGAGAGCUCCCACCCACUGACAUACAAGUGUUUCCUGAAGGAGUGCAAGUACCUGGCAGAAUAUGCAGCCAUGUUGAAGGAGGGCAUCGAGUAUCCCACAGCUAUCAUGGGCAUCUCACUGUGUCAACUGCUGAAUGAAUAUGCAGAACUCAAACUGAAAGCUCAAGAGACAGGAAUGUAUGCCAUUGAUAUGGCCGCAGCAUGGAAACAGUUCGAUGCAGUGACACGACUUCUGAAAAAGAAGACAAAAACACAAGCCCUGAAAACUGCAAGCUAUCAACAGGGUCAGCGGACGAAGCAUCGAGUGAAUAAAGCUCCAGCAUCUCAAACAGAUGCUGGAGAUGCUGCUACCAUAUCUCCCCUCACCACGGUUUCCGUCAGCUUGCCGAGAAUAGAUCUCGCCCCCUCAUCUUCCGGUGUCAGUGUGGGUAGUUACCUGACGGAGGUGACGCCAAGCGGAGACAAUGUCCCCUCGGCACCAAAACCAAACACUGAGAAACAAGGGACAAAGAAAAGGACAGCUAAACGUAGGACACCAGUGCAAAAGAGAGUGUCGCGAAGGAGACGGACUACAAGAAAUAGUGCUAUAUUUGAGUCUGUGAUAAAUACUCAGGGGCGGUCAGACAGUGACUCAGAUGCUGUAAUCAAUGUAGUGGAUGUGUCAGGGAGUAUGGAUGUGUCAGGGAAUGGGAAUGUGUCAGGGAUUGUGGAUGUGUCUGCAAGUGGAACAGUGUUAACCACGCAAGCACCGGGAGCGAUGGAACAGCCGGCUGCAGUUCCUAAGGAUAUACUUAAUAUGGGAAUGUUUGAGAACAGUUCAAGUAGAAGUGGUGCAUUGAUUGAAAGUGCCAAUAUGCACGGUAGUUCGGUUGUGCUUGCUGAUGACAUGCAGGAAAAGGUUGAUGAUGUCGAAGAUGUUGUGGAACUAGAAGUGGAUCAGCUGCCAGAUCUCGGACAGGUGCAGGAGACAGACCAACACACUGGUACAUUUUCACAACAUAUGGUUGAACAAAGCCCUGUUAAAUUGGUGCUGGCUAGCCAGUGUCAAACAACUCCCUUGAAGGCACUCUCCAUAUGCUCGGAGACCUGUGAUGUGAUGGGACGAUCUCCUCGAAGGAGAAAGCACCAGCCCAAGAGACGUAAUGACAGCCAGCCCCUCCGAACCUCAGACAAAGAUGGAGCAGGUGCCCCAUCAGAGCAGAGAGACAGUUCUGGGAGUGAAAGCAGCAAAGAGCAGGCCAAUCUCCAAGCUGAUCCUUUUCCUAUGCUGCUGGAGAAGAUCAUGAAUGACACGAAGCUUCAUGAGCGUCUAGCAGCGACCAUCAACAAGAGUAGAUUUGCAGACCCCCCUCAAACUUUAUGUCGGAAACCUGUGGCAACCAGCAUCAUUGUUGAUGACUUUUUUGGAUCACCUGUACCCCAAGUGCUGUCUGAGGAUACUAUAGACGGUAUCAUCCACAUGGCAAAAAGUGACCCACUGUUUGAUUCCCUGCUCAAUAUAUUUGAGUCUGAGGGUAACAAAGCAGCUGCUGGUGUCCUGGGCCAGACUCUGUCAGAACACGUAGGAGACUCUGAUGGGUGUAUGAUGGAACUGAGUCAAGACGGCUUCACAGCAACAGAGUCCCAACCUGCCACUUCACAUCCAUCACUACCUGUACCAUCCUCCUCCUCGCCCCCACAGACCAACUCCCAGGAUGUGCCCAGCACCCUGGGGCCAGCCCCCAGCCCGUGUCCCAGCAUGGCCAGUCCCUGCGCUAGUCUGACCAGUCCCUGCCCCAGUGUGUGUAGCAUGACCUCGGGGACAGGAAGUCCGGGGCAGGUGCUCUUCCAGAGGAAACGCAGAAUUAAACCCAUCCCAUGUAAACCAGUCACAUCAGCAUUGCCUGUGUUCUCCUCCCCGGUGAUGCAUCCACUGUCGCCCGCCCAGACACCCGAACCGUGUUCCCCAGCUCCCUCGACACAGCUGCAGCAGGUGCCCUCUCCCUGUGUGCCCCCAGGGCCACCAGGACAUGUAGGGCUGAUGUCCCCGCCCCUGUCAGUGUCAGCACACAGGUCACGUACACCAGCCCACGCUCAUCAACGCUCAGCCUCACCGUGUGUGGAGUCGCAGGGGCGGGGCAUGUUGUCGCCUCCGCCUCAGUCACCCAGUAUCAGUCAGUCCCCAGGUACACAAGUAGCUCCAUCACCUCAUUAUCAACCUGCUGAUUCACCAUUUCAAUCCCCGGAGUACCCGCCAGACCCGAGUCUGAUGUCACCCCCGGGGUCGCAUCCCAACACACCAGCCCCCUGUAUCAAUUCCCUGCCCAGUCCUCAGAACUCGCAACCCUGUGUGGCUUCUGCAGCUCCAACAAAUGUACUUCAGUCAUCAUUCCUAGUAUCUCAACCAACACCUAACAAUGGUCCAGGGUUACAGACGUCGACUCUGACUGUGUCGUGCGUGAAAUUGCAACCCCCUGUUGCUGGUCAACCCCAGACAGUGGUGUUGUCCAGGCAACAGGUCAGUGCCCCAAAGCAGACUUCCUACCAGGGUGUGCACAUAAACAUUGAGGAGAAUGGUGUCAUUAAUACUUACUCCAUGGAUCAGACGAAUAACAGUCAACACAUCUCACCAGUAAAUGCUCUACCAAAGGUUACGGUGAUCAAAUCAACUUCUCAAAGUGCAAUGGCAUCAUCAUUUGUAACAAACACCAGUUGUCUGCCUCAUUCCAAAUGUGCUGUAGCUAUUAAACCUCUGUCUACCUCUGCCAUGACAAUGGCUACAAGCAAUAAUAUCCUAAAUAGUAUUUCUCAGUGUCCUGCAACAGCUUGCUGUGUGACACAACCAGUUGUCAUCCCAUCCUCUGUUGUCCUCACCAAGUCCUGUAGUUGUGAGCCCCAGUCUGAAGUCCCCACAGUGUCCUCGGCCCUUGUGCCCCAUUCCUCUACUGUAAAGCCCCAAUCUUCUCACGUUCAGUCCCAGUCCUCUGUUCUUCUCACCAAGUCCUCUAGUCUUGUUCAGUCCUCUGAAGUCCCCACAGUGUCCUCAGUAGUCAUCUCACAGUUCUCUACAGCCCCUACUCAGAGCUUGUCUGUCCCGACCCAAUCCACAUCUUCCUACAGUCCCUCUACCAUGGACAGUCUCCAUACAGUGACAGCCCUGCCGGGGAGCAUCCUCACAGUGCGACCUCACUCUCCUUCACCAGUGUUGACCGUGUCCCAGCCCGUCCCAUCAUCUCCAGGCAGUCUCCCAUCUGCCAUUUCUAGCGCUCUGCUCUGCACUAACUCGCAGAUGAGCUUUGACCUUCUAGGAGAAAACACUCUGUCAGACUUCGUCCUACCUGUCAAGCCCCAGGAAGAUAAGGUGGAGACGGUUGUCCUGACAGACACCAAUGUUAGCCUGCCCACCGUUGUGGUCAAUGAUCAGAUAUAUGACUUGACAAUGUCCCCUAAUGGCAAACAGCUGAUUCUGAAGAACCCCAGACCCAUGAGUGACUCUCAGACAAGCUCAUACCGACCUGUGACGGUUGUGCCAUCAACUGUUCCUCAAAUCCGACCCAAGAAGACAGCAGUCAAACAUGGAAGCCAAAAGACUGUUGUGAUGGGGUCUCCUAAAACAUCUCCCAGGCUCUCAAAGUUGCAAGAAAUUGUUAAACAAUCUUUGUCACCCAAACUUAAGACUUGCAAGCCAAACAUUUUAUGUAGAAGCCCGCGGCAGACGAAGACGGUAAGCUUACCGAGUGAUGGCUACUUUGUCAGCCCGAACCAGGACACAACAGUCACUGUGUCAAAAUCUUCUAAGUCAGCUGCAGAUGAUCAGUAUAUAGCAAUUCCUUUGGGGCGACUAGUUGAAGAGAAUCACAAGAGAUCUCUUAGUUUUGAUAAACAGGCACAUUCAGAUAGUGUUUCCAAUGGAGAACAGGACCCACAUAAACAGAAACCUGUGUCAAAGUCCUUGCCUUGUAAAAAAACAGUCAAAGCCAGAAUAAAGAUGGGCGGUCGCAGACCCACCCCCAAAGUGAAUGGGGAAUCAGUGAUGAAUCUUGAGGUGGAAUGCCCCAGCGGCAGGUCAUCCUGUAUAAUGAGUUUAAUGACAGGGGAUAAACUGGCACAGCACAAAGUAAAACCAAAGAAAAAAGGGGUAAACACUAGGCCAAACACAGGACGGACCCCUUUGGCAGAGGGAAAUGUCUCUGCUAGUCUUGCAAUAAAACCAAAACCAGGCGCAAAAGCAAAGAAUUUAGCCCAGACUAAUGAAGGGGGUGACAGUAGUAUCUCAGCUCCGCUUGGAGAUAAGCGACCGGUCCAAGUAUUUGGGAAUAAACAUUUGGAGGGAUCCAAAGGGGAAUCUCCUACAAGAUUCCAGAAGUUUGUCCCCCUCACCCAAGCCUCCAGUCCAAGUGUACAGAUCAGCCCUCUCAACCAGCCGCCUGGCUUCUCAGCCGAGGGUACUAUCUCUACCACUGUUGGGGGGAGAAAAUAUAACUGUUUAGAUAAACAGACAGUGUUAGGAGGAUUGAAUGGUACCUGUGCUGUGUUUUUGUCUGAAGACAGUAACCUGUCCAGUGCGAGCUCCAUCCUGACGUCGGCAUCUGAUCCCGGCCCCCUGAGAGGCGGAAUGCUUCACAUGUCGUCAAGGCGGAGAGAGGUCGUAGCACGCACGCUGUCAAUCAUCCCGGAAUGUAGGCUACAGGGCAAAAUGAAGGGAAGCAGGAAGCGAUCAGGCAGUCAUGUUUCCCUUGAUGUGAACCUAUCUGGUAGUGCACGAAAGAGAAGGAAGCCACCCAACCUAGCCAAGCUUAAUGUAGAUGACUUCUUGUCCAAGAUCCACCAGCAAUGAUGGCUGACUGGUUUAGAUUACGGAGUUAUCUCCCUUGUGCAUCCAAAUGUAGUAGUCCACAUGUAUCACCCUUGUUGAAGGUGGGAGUAUUGAGGAAAAACUGUCUUUAGUGUCUUUCUUUCCUCCCUCAUUAAACUUGACAUAACCGAAACAUUGUUCAACAUGUCUGUAUCCAAGCCUUCUCACAGACUUAACUAUUGUCGUGUCAUUUAGUAUGUUGGGGUGACUUCCUGAAGAAAUGCAUCACUAAAUCUGAACUAUAGUGUAUGUUGACUGUUUCUGUAAGUUAACAUAGAUAUUUUGCGUCAAAAGCAUUUAAACAUCCGUGAAUUUAAUAGUUGGUGUGGUGUAUUGAAAGUAAACAAAUAACAUCAUUAUGACUAACUUAUCUGAUGAUAUGUUUCCAACAUGACAUCUUCCCGAGGCAAGGAGUUAACUCACUUUAUAAGUCCAGUUUCCACCCUUGCCGACCUAGGCUGGAAUUAGGGAGUUAUGUCUUGGCAGGACUAACGAGUCAAUGCAUAGUCCAAUCAAAAUCUUGUAACGAAAUCUACAUCUGGUUCGUAAACUGCUGUGCAGAUUUCGGUUGAUUGCAGGAUUUGCAAAAGAUGUGAACCACCAGCUCGGCGUCAAGAGAUGUUUUCCAAAUCUUUUCAUGUUUUUAAUCAAGGUGCUCACAUGAUUUGAUGAACUUCGCAAAGUUAGACCUUUUUAAUUACAAUAUAGAUUUUGAUUAUUGAUCAGAUCAUCUGGGCUGCUAUUUUGUUUGAAGCAAAUACAAGUGAUAUGAGAGGUGGAAUCUGA